CUUGUUGGUUGCUGGACUUGCACGAGCCCUGCAUAUGAUAUCCUCAACAAGAAGGUCAUGAUGUUUAAGGACUCUUGGUGCAUGUCAAUAAAGGAUGUUCUACUGGAAGGCAAGACUUACAAAUUGUUGAAGCUGCACAACAUUUGCAAUGUCGCAACAUGUAUUGCAUUUCAUGACAUCAUCCACCCUACUGUCAAGUUUCAUGAGGCCAAAUGGACAUGUCGCAAUGAGGCUGUCACUCCCCACACUCUUCAUUGUCUGGUUCUCAAUAUUGUGGGUGAGAAGUUGACUGACUUUGAGAGCUCUUGUCAACUUGUCCAGUCUGUUCAUGAUGCAUUGCUUGCCCACAAGGAUGCAUAUGAAAUCGCAAAAAUAUUACAUUGGGACCUCAGCAUUGGGAAUAUUGUCAUCUACCAAGGGAAGGGUAUCCUCAUUGAUUGGGACCUAGCAAAGGUACUCACCAUUCAGGUAUGUUCUUUUUAUGCCCACACUCAUUGUACUGAUUUUGCUGUUUCCAAGGGAACCUGGCAGUUCAUGUCUGCUCACCUCAUCAAAAACAUCAAGGCCAUCCAUGCUGUCAAGGAUGACCUCAAGUCCAGUCUUUACAUUGUUCUGUGGAUGGCAUUA